UGUUAGAACCCUUACUUAUUUUUCACCGCAUCGAAGAGGCAAUACAACAGCCUUUGCUCUUUUGACAUUUUACUAGAGCCAUACAACAUUUUACUUAUGAAAAACGAACUAGCAUUCACAUUAUUUCGUAGUUGAUCCAUAUUAUAAAGAUUCGACAAAAAAUUUAUGGUGAUUGUUCACUGCCUAACUCAAUCCUCUCCAUUUAUUUAGAUUUGGAACCGGCCGUGCAUUGCAAAGCUAACAUAGGCAUACUUUUUUUUACACGUCAUACGAAAAUAAAUAAACAGCUUGAUAUCAUUGUUCUCGUCCAAUAAAUGACUACCGAGUUUUGUGGAUGUAUAAAUUUACACAGAGUAGAAGCAAAAUAGUCAUCUCUUUCUAAAAUGGUUGUGUUUAUGAUGAAGCUUCCAAGUACUGAUUCAUCAACUAGAUUGAUACUAUUAUGUUUCAUAUGUUUGUUAGUUUUAUCCUAUAGAACAAACUCAUUGGUGAAACUACCACCAAAUGUUACAGUUCCUGCACUCAUAGCUUUUGGAGAUUCCAUCUUAGAUACCGGAAAUAACAACAACAUCAAAACAGAAGUCAAGUGCAACUUCCCUCCUUAUGGUCAAGAUUUUGAAGGAGGAAUUCCAACUGGUCGAUUUUGCAAUGGCAAAAAUCCCUCAGACCUGAUAGUUGAAGAAUUAGGUAUUAAAGAGCUUUUACCAGCUUAUUUAGAUCCAAAUCUGAAACCAAAUGACCUUCCUACUGGUGUAUGCUUUGCUUCUGGUGCUUCUGGUUAUGAUCCUUUAACAUCUAAAAUUGCGUCGGUGAUUUCAAUGUCUGAUCAACUAGAGAUGUUCAAAGAAUACAUAGUGAAACUCAAAGGUGUGGUUGGAGAAAAACGAAAAAACUUCAUCAUAGCCAACACUCUUUUCAUUGUUGUAGCUGGAUGUGAUGAUCUUGCCAACACUUAUUUUACUAUUCGCACCCCACAACUUCACUAUGAUGUUCCUGCUUAUACUGACCUUAUGGUUAAAGAAGCUUCUAAUUUCGUUAAGGAAAUAUAUCAACUUGGAGCAAGAAGAAUUGGAGUGUUCAGUGCAGCACCUAUUGGAUACUUACCAUCACAGAGGACACUAGGUGGAGGUGUAUUUAGAAAUAUCAAUGAGAAAUACAAUGAAGCAGCCAAGUUAUUUAACUCCAAACUCUCAAAGGAAAUGGAUUAUCUUCGUUCUAAUUUGCAUAAUAGUAGGGUUGUUUAUAUUGACAUAUAUGCUCCACUACUUGAUAUCAUUCUAAAUCCUAAAAAAUAUGGUUAUAAAGUUGCAGAUAGAGGUUGUUGUGGAACAGGAAAACUAGAAGUUUCAAUAUUAUGUAACCCUUUGACUCCAACUUGUGCUGAUAAUUCAGAAUAUGUGUUUUGGGAUAGCUAUCAUCCUACAGAAAAUGUAUACAGAAAGCUUCUGGCUGAAGUUCUUCCAAAAUAUGUGGAUCGCUUGACAUGAUAUUGAUAUGGUUUAGUAAUUUGAGGGUUCAGCUAGUACUAUUAUAUAGCUGAGUUAAUGAGUAAGAUUAUAACUGUCCAAUUUUAAUUGAAAUCUUCUUUUGUUGUUAAAAGAAAUUAAAAUAUCAGUACAUACCAUAUUAAAAACACGAGAAUUAUGACUUUUUUUUUUAAGUGUGUUCUAGGGUGUGCAAAUUAAGCCUCAUUUAAUUCCGAAAUAUUUCUUCUCUGUCGUAUUGGAUCGUGCUUGGAAGAGCACCAUUAAUAAUUAUCACAUGCUUCAGAUUUUUCGCCAUGCAUGUGGAAGAGAGAUAUCAAAUUCAGAUUUUUUGUAUGCUUUAAUUUAAAGCAAUCAUGGAGUUUACUACAAAGAUAGUAUUUCAUAGCCUUAGAAAAAUAAGAUACAGAUCG